AGAAGUUUGGGAAAGAGACUAAAACAUCGUACCGAUAAUGAAAUGAACGUUACUGUUAAACAAAAGUAAUAUUGGUGGACAGUUCGAUUUUCGAUAGCUACGAGAUGGAUAAUCUUGCUCCGUUCACUUCUGUUAACUUUUUAAGUCAACCAUAAUUGAUACUUUUAAAUCUAAACUAAAGAUUUUGACGCUUUGUUAAUCUUUUUUUUUUCCUUUUUGAAAUCCUGAACGAAACAAAAACUGACCCUCCUAAAUCCGGACUCAACCAAAAUGGGUUAUAUUUUAUUGCGCAACUGUGCGAAAAUGCCCAUAGUUGGAAUUGGAACGUAUAUGUUAAAAGGUGAUGUUCUUAAACAGGCUUUGGAUUUUGCAAUAUUUAAGGGGUACAGACACAUUGACACGGCACUGAGUUACGGAAACGAGUCUGAAAUUGGAGAGGUUGUUGCGGACAGGCUAAAAAACGGGACACUUCGUAGAAAGGAUUUAUUCGUGACCACGAAGGUGCCACCGGUUUAUCUCGCCCCACCUUUCGUUGCCCAGAGUGUGGAGAUGUCACUGGAGAACUUAAAGAUGCAAUAUGUUGACAUGGUGCUGAUUCACAGCCCGUGGGGGUGCAUCAAUCGCGGAGAUGGGCAGCUGAGACCCAUCAACCAAAAAGGUGAGCGAGUGAUGGAACAUUAUGAUCUGCUUGAAACAUGGAAAGCAUUUGAAUCUGUCUACAAUAACAAACUCGCCAAGAAUAUUGGCGUAUCGAACUUUACAGCCAACCAGAUAGAGCGAAUUUGUCAGAAGGCCAUAAUUAUACCGUCCAAUCUACAGACAGAAUGUCAUGUCUAUUUACAACAACGGCGGUUGCGUCUUUAUUGUGCAUCAAGGGGGAUAGUUGUUAGUGCAUAUGCCCCGCUUGGGGCACCAGCAUCUCCUUACAGAGACAAGCAACAUCCUCUUCUGUUAGAAGAUCAUGUGGUUGAACAGUUAGCUAGAAAAUACAAAAAGAGUGCAGCUCAGAUUCUUUUGAACUUUCUUAUCAACAACAACAUCCCAGUUUUACCAAAGAGCCAGAAUCAAAAUCGUCUGCGUGAGAACUUGGACGUUAUUGAUUGGACCAUGUCACCCGAAGAUACAAAACUGCUGUUAGAUUUAGACUGCGGUGUAAAAUACUUCAUGUUUGAUUGGGCAAAGAGACAUCCUGAAUAUUUUGAAAAUGAGCCUUUUUGAAAGUUUGGCGUGUCUUCCUAACACUGGCUCCCAUCAGUCACCCCCCCCCCCCCCCUCCCCACCAUGUUAAAUUAUAUUUUCCUGUCACCACAUAAGACGACUCCGACAAUGUGGUUGGUCCCAUGUACCCCCCCACCCCCAAUAUAAAAUCCUAUUCCAGUGCUUCCUGACCAAGACCCAAUAAAAACAAAAAGUACAUUUUUAGCAGAAAACAUUGUUUUAUUCAAUAUUUCCAUUAACUUUGUUACAGUACUGUAACUAAAAUAUAUAAAAAUAUUUAUGCACAAUUUUUAUAUCAUCAAGAUAAGCAGUGUAAUCAACAUUGUACAAGACACAAAAAACAGAAUGGUAUUAAAUGUAUUAAAUGAGGAGAGAAAAGGAAUCCACUCUGGAACA